AUGCGUCGUCUCGACCCCAGAGUCAUAGACGAUAUGCUGGCCCUCGCGGCCCGCGGUGGACUAGGUCAAGCAACUGCACUCGAUGACUGCAUCGCCGAGGGACCAGACCAGCUCAUGUACAUCCAAGGAGACACUUUGAUUCUCCUCAAGGACGACGGCGACGAGUUCCUUGCCUGCUGUGAGGGCGAGGUCGGGUGGGUCAAGCGCCAGAAUGUCCUGCUUGACGCCCUAGCCUCUGGGAGCGCCCCCAGCUCGCCAGAGUGCAUCGCGGCACCUUCCCUGCUCGCCGAGUACGACGUCCAUAUCGGCGAUGACAGUAGCACCGAGGACGAAGGAGGCGGCAAUCCCGUCAUCCACUCUGCAACAUGGGACAUUAUGGGCGACAGCUCUGGUGCAGAGGACACGGAUACUUCAGCGGCGGGCAACGGUGUGCGCCCAGGCAGCGAGACACCACGACGCUACAGCCCAACCGCCAGCUCCAGUAGCCACUCGUCGCAACAGCAUCGUACGGGCUCAGCCCCCCUGCGUCCCAGACGCUCCAGUGGUCGACCACCUGCCGCUGUUGUUACGCCGUCUCCUCUGCAACCCACCCCACCCGUGACUAACUCGGGCACAUGUCCGAAGGCUUCCUCGACAAACCCGAGCACGGGGUCGCGGCCCAUGGGAAGGCUCGGUUUAGGCGAGUUUACUCAACAUCAUCACCUGGAAUCUGGGCACGACACCAUCGACAACUUCACACGCACUCCAUCACAUCCGUCAGGAGGCUUCUCACCCCUCGGUGGACUCUCCGCCCUGACUGCGUAUUCAGUCCCACAGGCUCGGUCCGCGCCAUUGCAUGAAGCGACGAUGUGCUUUGGGGGCCCGAGCAUCAGUGGCGUCACGCAAGGGAACGUGCGCAGGGUUAACCGCGUCGAGUACUCGACCUCGAUCGCGCCGCAGCGACAGUCGCUCCUCGUCGAGGCGCAGAGAUUCAGCGAAUUGUUGAGAAAUAGCGAAGCGUCGCAGUAUAGCGGGCUGUCGCACCUCAGCGAGGUCGGGACGGUGGGGACUCUCGACGAAGAGUCCGAGUACAGCGAAGCGGAGACGGACCGUGCCAUUGCCGCACCUUCCCCGACUCCUUCUGCAGGAGACAUCGCGCCCGCUCGCCCGCCUCGACGCCGCCCCGUCGCCCUGGAUCUCGACAACGGCGACUCGAUGGGUGACGACUCGGACUGCUCAACAGCCCGCAUCGGCGAGUCCCCCAUUCCUCAGACGCCAAUGUCCAUGGCAACGUUUGGGGGAGAUGGUCUGCGAUCGCGAGAACUGCUGCUGUCUCCGGACCACUUCUCACGAGGAGAUGGCAACUCUGAAAAUAGAAUGUCCGAGUUCAGCAAUGCUGACUUGGCUGACGAUGAGGGAGAGUCUGCGGUUGAAGCUCUGUUGUCGCCCCCCGCCGAGUCUGAAGGCCAGAUGCCGCAAGUGCAGAUGCCAUCGUUCUUUUCGAGCAGCCGGCGGGUCUCAGAGCUGGACCGCGACGAUGUUUCCGAUGACGGCACGAUAGGCUUAGCCUACAACGAGUCGCCAAGAUCAUCGCUGGAGUCGCUCAGCCGCAGUUCCGCGACCUGCUCCACUACCAAACGUCGCAUAUCGCCCGACGUCUCAAUCUCGGACGAGACCCUUCUUGACACGCCCCAGAGCUUGCCUGCGUCCAAGUUUCAUCCGUCCAUCCAGGGGCGAUCGUUUGGCAGUGGAUCAUCCCAUGACGGCUCAACCAACGGUCUUGCACCGCCUCUUGUCAUUGACGACAAACCUCGAAUCGAUCACUUAAGCGCGGGUCGGGGUCUGUCCCCACCCGAUGCCCUCUCGCCAUCCGAGAUACCAUCCGGGUCACCCAUGUCGCCAGUUCAUGACUCACCGACCUCGUUCGACUCGAGAUGGUCGGUGGAAUCUCGAGCGGCUGCCAAGAACGCGGCGCGCAGCGGGUUUUAUGCCUUGGGCCAUCACCCACAGUUCAUUGACGAGCAACGCAAGCCGGCGAGAGAUGUCUCAGCCGCCGCCAUUAUGUCCCAAGUCAGCAUCGCCCCUUCCACGCUCAGCACCAUGCCUGAACCUAGCACGUCACCCCAACGUUCCGGCGACGCGCGAGACGCGUGGGCGAACACCAUGCCUCCUCCCGUUGCCCGCCUCCUCCCUACGACGAUAGGCCCAGACUCGGGCCCAACGUGGCAGCCGCGCGCUUUGGGAUCUCUGGACUCUAAAAUGAGGCCGCCUGCGACUUCCGCGCUUGACCCCAGUCCCAAGAUUGGAACUCAGUCCAUACAGAACUCCACUACACCCGAGAUCAUGUCCAAACCUCCGACCGAGAUGCCAACUUCGCAGCAGAGUCCUUCGGACGCCUCGAUGUCGCCGCGCUCGGAGGCGCAGCGUCGUCAAGGCAUGACGCUCGUCGGCCGGAUGGAGAGUGAUCUCUCGCACUCAAGGUACCCGGUACCAAUCACUUUCCGCUACGGCGACGACAGUCCGCAGCACUCGAGCCCAGGGUCGCAGGCUGGGCCGAUGUCCCCACCCCAGAACCAGCGCUACAACUCGCCUAGGCCUGCUCCACCCACCCCAUCGACGCAUGGGUACUCGCCAUCCCCACCCUAUAGGAAAUCCUCUCUCGGUUCCAACGGUCACGAUGCAGCCGUUACUCGGUCCGACUCCGGCCACAGACCGUCUAUCGACAGCUCACGUCGGCCUACUCCUGAUGGCAGGCAACAUGCGCCCUCCGAGAGCAGCCACGGGCAUCAGGCGACGCCAUCACCUCUCAGUGGACCACCCGUUAACUGUUUGGGCCAGAUUGACAUGCCGACUCGACCGUCUCCACUGGUUGAGAACGGACUGUACGGGAUACCGUCAUCCGAGAGCUCGUGCAACAGCACACCGUCGCGCGAGGAUCUGCGUCGCAUUGUCUCCCCGCCCAUGAGCAACAACCGCAGUGUAAGCGACGAUCAUCACAUACAGGCGUUCCAGGGAUCAUUCAAGCCCAUUCUGCCCUCCGCCGCUGCACGAGUUACAAAUUCCCCGCAGACAAUGGUCGAUUUUUUGAGCAAUGGCCCUAAUGAGACACCCAAGGCCUCCCGCUUCCAAUUUUCAGACGAGUCGGGCAUGGUGACACCACCAAGUAGGCGCACAGACUCUCCUCAUGUAAUGAACCCGGCGUUCCCCCGAGGAGUUGCACCAGCGACACCCAACUCGUUUGAGAGCGCCCACACGUCGUCUUCCAACUCUUCGCUACCACGGCCGCCACAUGCCCCUACACAUCGUGCGCGGUCGAGAUCGUUCUCGGCUGCUAUCGCCAAGUCGUUUGGGCGUAAACCGUCGCUUGACCUGCCACCACCCAUGCCGGCCGUGUCUGGCGGGAGGAAGCCGUCUCUCGAUUUUGGUCCGCGCAAGCCAUCUGUUACUAUCGGGCGCAAGCCGUCUCUGGAGCUUGCACCCCGCUUCGCGGCGGUUACGGGUGGACGCAAGCGAUCGCUUGACUUCGGGCCGCGCCAAGCCUUUGUGACCGCCGGGUCUUCUGCGUCGUCCAGUCCCAACCCAGGCAACAUGCCUGAGUACGUCCGCGCGGACACUGGUCAGUCGGACAAUUCGAUGCUCGGGGUCGGCCAGUGGAAGUCGUCGUCAAGGUUGUCUGCGAAUUCGACAAAGGCCGUCCACCACAUGAAGCUCGGCGAGUCUGUUCAUCACAUGUCGCUUGAAGAUCCUCCUGCACCCCCAGACGAUCUUCGCCGGAACCCGUCACUUCAGCUCGAGAGGUCUGCACCUCUGUUCCACCAACCGUCGCAGCCCUUCGUAAACCACCAGAGGUCUGCUUCUGGAUCAGGCUCCUGGGGUCGAGCGCGGCCGUUUGCCACGACCGGUAUCUCCUCCAAAGACUAUGCCGACCCUACGGUUAAGACGGACGGUAUGGAGUUUGAAAUCCUGCAGCCGCGCAAGGCGGCCGCCCCAGUUGUCAAACUGAACCUUGACGCGAGCGACCUCGGCUUGCUCCCGCCAGAGGAGCUGGCACGGGAUGGUUUAGAACCAGUGGUUCCCGACACGCCGCCAGAGACGGACGAGUGGGGCUUUCUCCGCGACCGGAGCCCGACGCCCGCGAUCUUUCAGUCGCGCAAGACGGCAGGCGGCAUCCGCGCUCUUGAGCAAAAGUGGCGGACGACCAUUUCGACACCGCUCUCGCGCGGGGCAGAUAUCCCCAAGAAGGUUAAACGUACAAUCAUCGACCAGGGCGUUCCUGCCAGUCUGCGCGGGCGGACAUGGGGUUGGCUGAUGUCCAACGGUACCUCUGGGCGUGUACCGGGCCUGUUCCAGCGCUUAGUCUCAAACGAGCCCAGUCCGUACGACGCGCAAAUCGACCAGGAUGUUCCAAAGGCUUACGCAGACCACUCGGUGUUCUUCCGCCAGGGGUCCCCCGGGCAGCAGGACCUCCGCACCCUCUUGCGCGCGUUCUUACACUUUAUGCCCAAUGGUUAUCGCUCCGAGCUAGCGUUAAUCGCUGGAGCCCUCCUCAUCCAUGCCGUGAUCGAGGACGCUUUCUGGCUCAUGGCUGGACUUUUCAACAGCGUUCUGAAGACGUACUAUGUCAAGGACCGCCUCGCCUUCCGCGUGGAUCUUCACGUCUUUGGCGGAAUUCUUCAGGGCACGGAUCCGCAGCUGGCGCGUCUUUUUGCAGAUGUUGGCGUGUCUCCGCAAGACUACCUACCCCGCUGGUGGAUGGGCAUGUUCAUCCGUUCAAUCCCGUGGCCCACCGUGCUGCGCUUUUUCGACGCCAUCAUAUCCGAAGGCCCGCGAUACAUCUUCAUUGCCUCGCUCGCUGUUCUCACACUGAGUCGUGACCGUCUUCUCCGCCUCCCGCGGACAAAAGAUGCCGUGCUGGGCUACCUCCAUCGGCUACCGCAGGACAACUUAUUGCUGCCUGACACGUUUAUUCGCGCGUGUGACGCAGUCAAGCUAUCUGACGCCGACUUGAAGAAGCUGCGGACGAGCGUCAAGGCGUCGCUGAGCGUGAAUUCUGGCCGGCGGUAA